UUUUUUUUUUUCCACUCCGGGGCUUUGCUGUUGUCGUUGUUUUUUAUGUAAAAUACUCUUUUAUAAUCUACUUAUUCAUACAUUCAUAUAUAUAUAUAUAUUUAUAUAUUAUAUAAAUAAUACUUACCUAUUUAAUAAAUUUGUUACGCCUAACACUACCACUACCAUUUCCACCUUCAGUCACAGACAUACCAAGGCAAAUGUCAUUCAAAACAAUAUUUUCCAACUCGAAAAAGAUGAUCAUCGUCCUGCAAAUAAUCAUAGCCAGUCUAAUAGGACUACUAUUGCUGUCUAUCAUUAGAACGUAUCAAAAACGACAAUUUAUAUUUGGUAACGAAAUAGGAUGAUGAACGUUAUCCUCUUCAAUAUAAACUAACAAACUAAACUUUGUGCUACGUUUAAUUAAAAAAAUAUAAACAAAACAUAAAUUAGUAGAUCCUUCUUCAAUUACAAAUUACCAGCAGCCACCAGAACAAGAAGCAAUGAAUACGAGUGGGAACACCUUAACAUAUCAAAUAUCUCAAAAAAGAAAUCACCCAUAUACCAUCGUUACUGGCUCCAGUGCCAACCAUUUAUGCUCCUUAGAAAACUUUUUAUAUUCACUUAAUUCUUUUCGAUCUGAAAUCGAUCCAGACAAAUUUCCUCGUAUCGCUGUCUAUAACAUUGGCAUGAAUCGUACACAACUUCCUAUCCUUGAUCAACUUGUCCAACAUGGGUUGAUUGAUGACCUUAUUAUGUUUGAUCACGAACGUUACCCACGCUUUUGGGACGUUGCUAUUGAUGCGGGUCAGUAUGGUUGGAAAACAGGCAUUGUGAACGAUGCACGCGUGCGUUACGGUGGCAUCUUGGUGUGGUUGGAUGCUGGUAAUCAAGUCACCUCCGAGUUCAUCACGAAUAUUCCUGACACUAUACGAUCCGAAGCUCAGGGCGGUUUUUGGUCGCCCAAGAGUGCUUAUGGUAUGGGCAAAUGGACACACAACGGCAUGUUUCAAUUUUUUGGUGCAGAUCCUACGCCUUACAAAUAUAAAAGUAAUUGUAAUGGUGCAGCCAUUGGAUUCGACACAGAUAAUUCGACAAUUGUCAAUACCAUGAUUUUACCUUGGUUUGAAUGUGGGUUGAUAAAGAAAUGUAUUGCACCACCAGGCUCUAGUAGAGAGAAUCAUCGGCAGGAUCAAGCUGUGUUGACAUACUUGGCCUAUUUGAAUGGACAUGAGUGCAAAAUACCGCCAAGGGAUUUUUUCAAAUUGCAAACACAUCGAGAUAAAGCGUGUAGAGCAGAAUUGAUGGAAUUGGAUUUGCAGAACAAAUUACAUCAUCCAUCUUCCAUAGAUUCGCCAAAAUGGGAACGUGUAGAUACGGUAGCUUUAUAUAAUCAUCCAGAAUGGAAAUAUCCAGAAGACAAAGUACCUGUGAAUAUUAGAAAACCUUUGUCACCUUUAACUGCUUGAAACCAUUGGUAAAUAUAUUUAAGAAAGUAGUACC